AUGUCUAUUCCCGCUCAUCUCCAGAUUCUGCAGCCCUCGGAGCUCGAGGCGCUCAAAAAGCUGCAGGACGAGCUGCCCAAGAUCCUCGAGAAGACCGAUUACAAUGAGAUGUACGGACACAAGCUGAGCGAGGCUGAGGAUGGACCUGGCAAGGCCUACAGCGAGGUCAAGCGGGAUAUCAUUCUGCUCAAGUUCCUCAAGGCUCGUGAUUACGACAUUGCGCAGACCAAAGACAUGCUCACCGACGCCCUCAAGUGGCGAAAGGAGUUUGACCCCCUGGACUGCGCCUCGGCUAAACACGACUCCAAGUUUGACAAGCUGGGCGUGAUCACAGAUAAGGGAGCAGGAGGAGAGCCCCAGGUGACCAACUGGAACUUGUACGGAGCCGUUUCCAACCGAAAAGAGAUUUUUGGUGACCUCAAGGGCUUCCUCAGAUGGAGAGUCGGCAUCAUGGAGCGAUCUCUUGCUCUGCUGGACUUCACCAAGCCCGGAGCAGGCUCAAUGCUGCUGCAGAUUCACGAUUACAAGAAUGUGAGCUUUCUGCGUCUGGAUGCCGAGACCAAGGCUGCCUCCAAAGAGACCAUUCGGGUGUUCCAGAGCUACUAUCCCGAGACUCUGGAGCGAAAAUUCUUUGUUAAUGUGCCUACACUGAUGCAGUUUGUGUUUGGAUUUGUCAACAAGUUCUUGUCUCGAGAGACCGUGGCCAAGUUUGUUGUUUACAGCAACGGCAAGGAUCUCCACAAGAGUCUUGGAAGCUGGGUUCCCGCCGAGUAUGGAGGUAAGGGUGGUCCUCUUUUGGAAAUGGCCAUUAGCGAUCACCCUGUUCAGGAGGCUGAGACUAAGGAGACUAAGGAGAAGGAGAAGGAGACAGAGAAGCCCGUUGGUACUUCCGAGACCGAUACUGUCGGUGAUGCUGCCGAGCCUGCUCCUACUGAGCCUGCUGCCGAGACUGUUCCUACUACCGAGCCUGCUCCUACUGAGCCUGCUGCCGAGACUGCUCCUACUGAGUCUUCUACCGCGCCUUCUGCCGAGCCUGCUGCUGAGACCGCUGAGCCUGUUUCCGAAGGUGCCAAGGUCGCUGCCCAGUAA